AUGGCAGCAUCCACUACAACCCUUACUUUGGCCAUUGAUGCUAUAUACACAUGCGACUCUCCUAUUUAUUGCGACGGCCCACUACUGCGAACGGUUCAACUGGCACGUUUAUUCAAAGAUUCAAAGACUUUUGUCGAUAUGCCUACUGUAAAACCUGUGGAUCAAGUGCUUGCAGCCUUUGAUGACAUUGGUGGUGAAAAUGCAUCCAGAGACGAUAUUGCCUUGUUCGUUUCCGAAAACUUUGCACCAGCAGGCACUGAGGUGACACGAUAUCCAUUACCUGCCUACGAUGAUCCUAUUUGGUUUGAUCAAGUGGACGAUCUACAUUAUCGUGGUUGGCUUGAAGUACUCCAUCGCACAUGGGGUAACCUCACCUUUCAAUAUGAUGCAUCCCAAAUAUGCGAUGGUUGUGGAUCAACUUUGCUUCCAUCCAAACACCCAUUUGUACUUCCAGGUGGUCGAUUUCGCGAAUUUUAUUAUUGGGAUAGCUACUUUACCAUACGUGGUCUCUUAUUAAGCGAUUUGGAUGAAUUGGCACGCGAAUUCAUCCAAAAUAUACUGGACUUUGUCGAUACAUAUGGCUUUAUGCCCAAUGGUGCACGCAUGUAUUACUUGAACCGAUCUCACCCACCCUUCCUUACUGAAAUGGUCAAGGAAUACUAUGCCAAGACGCAUGAUGCUGAGUUUUUGAUGCAAGCAUUACCAGUGCUUGAUAAAGAGUAUACGUUUUGGAAAACCAACACCAGCGUCCAAUUGACUGAUCCAAGCACUGGAAACCACUAUAAGCUUAACCGCUACAUUGUGGACAACGAUGCACCACGACCUGAAUCCUAUUUUGAAGACUAUGAUACAGCCUACCUCGACACCAAGUAUGAUGACGAGGAGCUUUAUGAGCUCUUUUCGAAUCUCGCUGCAGGGGCCGAAUCGGGGUGGGAUUAUUCUUCACGAUGGACCAAGGUCAAAGAAAGCCAUGAUCCACAUGGAUACGAUAUUUUACGCACACUCAACGUACACAAUAUUAUACCAGUGGAUUUGAAUUCAUUGCUUUAUAGUAUGGAAUCAACAUUAGCUACAUGGCAUCGUGAUGGAUCAGCCAAACAAAAGUAUUACAAGCGACAAGCAGCUCGGCGUCUUGAAGCGAUGGAUCGAUUUCUUUGGGAUGAGGAUGCUGCGUCGUUCUUUGACUAUAAUCUCACGAGCCAAAGUCGUAGUCAUGAAUUCACACCUGCCAGCCUUUUUCCAUUUUGGAUGGGAGCUGUACCCAAUCGAGUAAAGAAUAAUCAAGAGACGCUUCAACAUGUAUUGGAUAUGACCCGAAAGGCAAUGCAACGGGAUCCUGGUGUGCUCACCACAUCAGAAUACAACACCCAUUUGCAGUGGGAUUGGCCUAAUGGAUGGCCCCCUCUUCAAUUCGCAGCUGUCAAAGCCAUGAUGACGAUUGGAACCAUGCUCAAAGACAUUGAUCAAAAGCAAAAAACUCACACACUCGCAAGAACACUUGCAGAAAGAAACGCAGCAUCAGGCUAUUGUUCAUGGUAUAGAACAGGUGGAUCACUUCCCAAUGGAUUAUUGACAAAGCUACCCAACGAAAAAGACAAUGGCCACAUGUUUGAGAAAUAUGAUGUACGCACCAUGGGUGAAGCUGGUUUUGGUGGUGAAUACGUUGUGCAGGUUGGCUUUGGUAUGACCAACGGCGUGUUAAUGUGGAUGCUUGACGCAUUCCCAGAUCUCGAAGCCCCCGAUUGUAAUGCAGUAUUCGCAUAUCCAAUACAAUGA